ACAUGUGAGAUGUUGGGGACCAUCCUACCGAUUCUGCUGGCCAUUGUGGCCUACAGGCUGUACAAGUGGGUGCGAGGACUCCCCCGUAUCCCCAGUACUGCAGACAAGUAUGUACUCAUCACGGGGUGUGACACAGGCUUCGGCAAACUGCACGCUCAACGUCUGGAUAAGCUGGGGUUCCAUGUGUUUGCAGCCUGUCUGACAGACAAGGGACAGCAGGACCUGCAGCAGCUGUGUUCCGACCGCGUUGUUACCGUGGCGAUGGACGUCACCAGUCACGACAGCAUCCUGAAGGCACGCGACGUCGUCAGGAGUCAUGUCGGGAAAAAUGGAGGACUGUGGGGUCUGGUGAACAAUGCUGGGAUAUUUGGCACCAUGGGUCAUAUCGAGUGGCAAUCUAGAGAAGACUACGUCCGCACCUUUGACGUGAACCUGUUUGGUCUGGUGGACGUCACGCGUACCUUCCUCCCGCUGCUGAGGAACGCAGGCGGCCGCGUCAUCAACAUCUCCAGCAUAUACGGCAGGAACGACCCAGGCUCGGGCGCGUACGGUGCAUCGAAGUUCGCUGUGGAGGGGUACUCCGAUUGUCUAAGGAGGAUGAUGAGCUUCUAUGGUGUCUCAGUGCACAUCAUGGAGCCCGGAGUCUUCAAGACUGAACUGACGUCUCCCGAAUCAUUCGAGCGCAUGAUGCAGCAGUCUUAUGACAAACUGGAACCAGAUGUACAGGACUGGUACGGAGAGGAGUACUUGAACCACGCAAAAGAAACAGCUAAGAAGAUAGCCACUACCUUUGGCUCCACCAACUAUAACCAUGUGGUGGACGCUGUAGCCCACUGUCUGACCGCCGUCCACCCCCAAAGCCGGUACGUGUGUGGCUGGGACGCCCGGCUCCUGAUGAUCCCCCUGUCCUGGCUACCCACCGACGUGGGGGAUUUCCUACUCGGUGUGCUGUUAGGGAAACCCAAGGUCUCACCCAAAGGGGCAAAACAGAACUAGGCCAGUUUUUGAAAAUUUUUUGAAAAUCCUUUAUGGUAAAAUAGAGGAUUUGUCUUGGGGAGCAAAACCAUGCUAUGUAAUUUGGGAAUCCGAUAGUCUUACUUCAGUUAAUCUUAUUCUCUGCCAGUCAAUAGAUUUGAUGUCCUAUUCAUGGAGAUCAUGCUCAGUAUUAAAUUAUCAUAAUAAUUUUAAGGUAUUGUCUUCUAAGUUGGAAGUUUCCGCAGCCUAAUGGUCCCUCACUCCUCUUCUAUGUUUACUCAUAAUACACUUGGCCAUAUCAGCUAUAAGCCUGUAAUUUUAGCUCUGUAAAUUUUAACUUAGAUGGAACAAAUUGGAUAUUUAAAAAGCACUGAUGGAAGUGUCUCAAAUCAAGUUGGUCUGCAAACAAUCAUGUAUGCAUCAGACUGAUGAUCUCAUAUUUUUGAUAAGGAAAUGUAUAGAAUUUAUAAUAAUGAAUGAAGUGGAUGGUUAUAGGAAAAUGUAUGUGAUACACCAAUAUUUAAAAAAAGCAAAUGUGGGAUUGGCAAACAAGGCAACUCCUGGUAGCAUUGCUCUAUUAAGUGCACUGCUUAAAAUCACUCAGAUCCUUUUACUGAAAUGUCAAGAAGGGUAGUAUUGCCUUCAGCUACAGAAAGAACACAAUGCCACAAAAUUGUCUGCAGCCAAGUUUAUUCUAAAGAGUAGACUGGAAAUUCUAGGGUACAGAUAUGCGCAAUUACAAGAGAGAUUCUUUUUCCAAAUGCAUUGAAUUUGUCAUCAUUGCUGAGUGUUC